GCGCCGCCGACCCCGCAGCUGCCCCGAGCCUUGAGCGGGGCUGCCCCGGCCGGAGGAACGCGCCGCCCCGCCCGAGGGCGCAGAGAGCACCCGGAGUGCUGGGGCGCGGGCUCCGGGAACGAGAAAGGGUAGCUCUCUCGGGUCACUGGGCCGGCGGCGGGGGGACUAUGGCUCUGAAGGACACGGGCAGCGGCGGCAGCACCAUCCUGCCCAUUAGCGAGAUGGUCUCCACGUCCAGCUCGCCCGGCGCCUCGGCCGCCGCCGCCCCGGGGCCCUGCGCACCCUCGCCCUUCCCCGAAGUAGUGGAGCUGAAUGUGGGCGGCCAGGUCUAUGUGACCAAGCACUCGACGCUGCUCAGCGUCCCGGACAGCACUUUGGCCAGCAUGUUCUCGCCCUCUAGUCCCCGUGGCGGCGCCCGGCGCCGAGGCGAGCUGCCCAGGGACAGCCGGGCGCGCUUCUUCAUCGACCGGGACGGCUUCCUUUUCAGGUACGUGCUGGAUUAUCUGCGGGACAAGCAGCUCGCGCUGCCGGAGCACUUCCCCGAGAAGGAGCGGCUCCUGCGCGAGGCCGAGUAUUUCCAGCUCACCGACUUGGUCAAGCUGCUGUCGCCCAAGGUCAUCAAGCAGAACUCGCUCAACGACGAGGGCUGCCAGAGCGACCUGGAGGACAACGUCUCGCAGGGUAGCAGCGACGCGUUGCUGCUGCGCGGGGCGGUGGCCGCCGUGCCCUCGGGCCCGGGAGCGCACGGUGGUGGCGGCGGCAGCGGCGCGCCGGACAAGCGCUCGGGCUUCCUCACGCUGGGCUACCGGGGCUCCUACACCACCGUGCGCGACAACCAGGCCGACGCCAAGUUCCGGCGUGUCGCGCGCAUCAUGGUGUGCGGGCGCAUCGCCCUGGCCAAGGAGGUCUUCGGGGACACGCUCAACGAGAGCCGCGACCCCGACCGGCAGCCGGAGAAGUACACGUCCCGCUUCUACCUCAAGUUCACCUACUUGGAGCAGGCCUUUGAUCGCCUGUCCGAGGCCGGCUUCCACAUGGUGGCGUGUAACUCCUCGGGCACCGCCGCCUUCGUCAACCAGUACCGCGACGACAAGAUCUGGAGCAGCUACACCGAGUACAUUUUCUUCCGUAAGUUCGCAGCCCAGGCGUUUCCCCGCACCCCUCGCCCCCUGCUGACCCGCAGCGGGUUUGAGCCCCGCUGGAGGCCCAGCAGGGGUGUCCUGGCCAGGAGCUGGUUAACUCCUUAUAGAGAGCGGCCCUCCCUGCACGACUCCCUUUUGCAGUAG